GAAACGAGAAAAGUAGUGUGGCGCGCUUCAGCAUUCAGCUCGGUACAGACAAGCAUGAAUGUAUUUAGGCUAUUGGGGGACUUCUCUCACCUUAUUGCCAUAAUAAUCCUCCUAAAAAAAAUUUGGAAGACAAAGUCAUGUGCUGGACUUUCAGGAAAAUCUCAACUUCUUUUUGCAAUUGUGUUUGUAUCGCGUUACAUGGAUUUGUUUUUCAGUUUCAUUUCACUGUAUAACACUAUUAUGAAGCUUUUCUUCAUCAGUUGCUCUUGUGCAACUGUUUAUUUGAUGUAUUUCAAAUUCAAGGCUACCUACGAUUCUAAUCAUGAUACAUUUGCUAUGUAUUUUUUACUGGUCCCGAGUCUGCUUCUAGGAUUAGUGGCCAAUUAUGAAUUUUCUUUAUAUGAGGUACUAUGGGCGUUCUCAAUUUAUUUGGAAUCGGUUGCUAUAAUGCCUCAGUUAUUUAUGAUAAGCAAAACAGGCGAAGCUGAAACAAUCACUUCGCACUACUUAUUUGCCUUAGGAUCAUAUCGUGGAUUGUAUUUGUUCAAUUGGAUAUAUCGUUAUAUUUUUGAUGAUUAUCUGGACUAUAUUGCUGUCGUUGCGGGUAUUGUACAAACAUUAUUGUACUGUGACUUCUUCUACUUGUAUAUAGCUAAAGUUGUGAAAGGACGUGACUUACGACUACCUGCCUGAAUUCUAAUAAUAUUCAGUAUUUAUUUCUUUGACUUCGCUUUGUGACAUUUUUCCUUUGCUUCUCUAUAGUUGUAUUCCUAAAUAAAAUAUUCCCAUAC